GUGCCGAUCAGCAUUGAGCACUGCAGCUGCUGCAGAUAGUUUGGGCAUGGUUGUCAUGUUUGUGUUAUGAUCAAAUUCUAUUAAUAAUAUUUUAGUCCAACUACUUCGGUGGUGAAAUUAAGUUAUUUUUUAUUUACAUUCUUAGAGUAACUUUAGGAAUGAUUAGUUUAUAAAAUACGUAUAUUAGAUUUUCACAAUAUAAUGUAUAAACCUAGGUCAAAAUCUAUAUCGAACACUGUUGGAUAUUUGUUUAAUCGGGAAUAUAGUGAUUCUCCAAAUGCAUUAAAACAAAAUAUAUUGAGUGUUCGGUUAAACAAAGCAAAAUCCUUGUAUAGUAAAAACUUGUUAGCCCAUUUUGGUUGUGUGAACGCUAUCGAGUUCUCCAAUGGUGGAGAGUUUCUUGCCUCAGGAGGCGAUGAUCGCAGAGUCUUGUUGUGGAAUGUGGAAGAGGCACUGGAUGGUGCCAGUCGACCCACUGCCAUGCGAGCACAACACAUCAGUAACAUUUUCUGUCUGGUCUAUGACAGCAAGAACACAAAGAUAUUCUCAGCUGGCAACGAUGAUCAAGUCAUCAUUCACGAUACAAUAACAGGGGAUCCCGUUGACUACUUUCUUCACGAGCAGCCAGUCUACUGCCUGUCUAUUGACCCGUUCAAUGACAACGUGUUUGCCAGUGCCUGUGAGGAUGGGAGGAUACUCAUCUAUGAUAUUCGGGAACCUACCAGUUCAGAUCCAUUUGCACUAGCGGUAUGUAGUUCUGCAUUCCAUGGAGUCAUGUUUAACCCCUGUGAGUCUCAACUAGUAGCAACAGCCAAUGCCAAAGAUGGAGCUGCACUGUGGGAUGUGCGCAAGCCUAAAGAGGUCCUGGUACGUUAUGGGUCGGCGGAGAGUUGCAUGUCCGUACGAUGGGAUGGCAGGGGACACCGUCUCCUCGCAUUGCGCCGUAGAAUGCCACCAAUCCUCUACCCAGUAGAUUCACCAUUCCAUCUGGCGCAGUUUGACCAUUCUUCCUAUUACAACUCAUGCACCAUGAAGAGCUGCAGUUUUGCUGGUGAAAAUGACCAAUACGUGCUCUCUGGCUCAGAUGACUUUAAUCUGUACAUGUGGAAAAUUCCAGAGAGUGGACCAGGAACAUGGGUACCUUCUGCCCACAUGAUUCUCACUGGACAUCGCUCUAUUGUCAAUCAAGUGCGUUUCAAUUCCACUAACCAUCUGAUUGCUUCAUCUGGUGUUGAGAAAAUGAUAAAGGUUUGGAGUCCUUUUCCUUUGCCAAACUCAAAUGGAGAUGACACACAUCAUCGAAGAGUCUUUUCUCAUGAAGAAUACAUUGGUUUAGUUUUGUCCAGUGGCCAGUUUAUCUCGCAUGACUACAGUCACGAAUCCACAAAGGAAGACCCACGGAUGAUGGCUUUUUUCGAUUCCUUGGUGCAGCGUGAGAUAGAAGGUUGGACAUCAGGGCCAGACAGUCACAGUGAACCUCCCUCCCCACUCGCCUCAGAUCAUGUCAUAUGUGAUGAUUCUUCAAGUUGCAGUGGAUCUGAAAAUGAAGAAAAAAAUCAUAAAGGUAAAGAAGGAUCCAAGGAUACUGUUAAAAACCGCAUAGUUGAACUAAUUGCACGUAAACGAGCCCAGUUGAUUCGCAUAGCGCAGAACUCUCGUGCAAAGGAGAACAAUACUUCUGAUUCCAGUGAUAGUGGAACCGCAGUUAGCAAUCAUCGUAAACAUGCUUGCAAGCGGAAACGAAGAAGAUGCGUUUCCACUAGCUCAGAAUCCGAUAACAAGUCUUCAGUGAAAUCGACUCAUUCCACUUCAAAUGAAAAGAGGAAAAAACUAUUAGACUGGGAGGAUGAUAAUAGUUCUGAUGCUACAGAUCGAGACACUUCAUCCACAACAACACUGAAAGACCCUUCUAAUAGCUCGGAAACUCCUGACAGUGGCAUAGCGCUGCGGGACAGACCUACUUCGAGUAAAUUUAAAUCACGGCCACACAGAAAUUACCGACGUCAUUUACCUGAUUCAGAUUCGGAUUAAGUCAAGUUCUAUCUGCUAAAUUUCUUUCUUCUCUGUCUGAUGAAACUUUGCAUUUUAUUGAUUUUUAAUAAGCAGUAGCCUGGAAUUUUUAAGAUUGAUUUUCCAAUAUGUUAAACUGCAUUUUGUUUUGAACUUCCUUUGUUAUGGAUGUAGUUUGUAAACUUACUAAGUUCUUUAAUGUUCUUUAAUAAAAUUAGCAUUGUGAACUGUGUACAAAUGUUUAAUGUAUGAUUUGAAAAUGUUACUGUGUAUACAUUGUUUUUCUCUAAAAAAAUGUUAAAUAGUAACUAAGCAAAUUAUCAGAUGUUCUAGAUGCGUUUAUCUUAUUUUUCACUAAAAUUAACAGACAGAGUUUGAAGGAUACAUUUCAAAUUAGAGCCUUCUUUAGCUUUAAAUUUGCUUCAUAUAAAUGGACUGCGAUGUAUCUAUAAAUUAUUGAUGUUAAUAUAUAAUAUUAUAAUCAUUCGAUGUAAAGUAGAACUUUGCGUCAUCAUGAAUGUGAAUGAGUGUAAAUACUAGUUUAAUGGAUGUAAACUACGUAUCCUUUUAUUGAAAACUAUUAUUAAUUUAGACUUUUAUUUCUUGUUGUUUUAUUUUAUUUCUGAGUUUAUUAGGCUUAAAUUGUAUAUAUU